AUGGCGCCGCUCGGCCAGACGAUCGCCGUGAUUGACAAGUCCGGCAAGGUUGUCAGCACGAGCAAACAACUAUUCGGGGUCUUUAGUCAGGCCAAAGCCGCCUACAAGGAGCGCAAGGCGCAUUUCGAUGCGGAGCGAAAUGCCAAGCUUGCUGAGGAGCAGGCCCUCCAGGCGCUUGCCCACUACAAAAUUGACGACUCUAAGUCUGUAGGCUCACGACGGAGUCACCGGUCCAAGUCGCAAUAUCAUGCCAGUCGCAGUGUGCAUCGCGGUCGUGCCUCUUCUCGCUAUGAACAAGACCUGCAAUCUGUGUCGGGCCGGGAGUCUCACUAUGCUCCAUCGGGAAUUUCUCGUCGACACACUCACCAUGAAAUCGCCGUUCGAGAAACAGAGGAUCGCUCAUUGACUGCUCGGUCAAAGUCCGAUGCUCACAUCGAUAUGGACCUUGCAUAUGGGGAAGCGCAUCCUGCUGCCUUGUUGCGAUACAGCCCUCCUGACCCCAAUGAUCAGAAUCAGCUCGAUGGGCUGGUGCAUAAAGCACAGUGGCUUCUGGAGGAAGCGCACUGCGUCCAACACAGCGCAACGGCUACCAUAUCGCAUCUUCAGAAAAACCCCGAUGCGAUGGCUGCGGUCGCUCUUACUCUGGCAGAGAUCAGUACUCUGGCCAGUAAGAUGGCCCCAGCCGCGCUAUCCGCGCUAAAAUCUGCAAGCCCCGCAGUGUUCGCCCUCCUGUCGAGCCCACAGUUCCUCAUCGCCGCCGGUGUCGGACUCGGUGUCACAGUCGUCAUGCUGGGGGGAUACAAGAUCAUCAAGAAGAUCCAGGGCGAGCCUGCCGGUGGGGAGAAGCAAGAAGAGUUGAUCGGCAUGGAUGACAUGAUGGAGAUCAACGUGGAACAACUCAGUCAUGUCGAAAUGUGGAGACGGGGCGUUGCAGAUAUUGAAGCUAGGAGUGUGGGGACCUCAGUCGAUGGGGAGUUCAUCACGCCUAAGGCAGCAGCGAUGUCGGGCAUCGAUGUCACAACUGCCCGGCUAGAGCGGGAUCCGCGCUUCAAAUUCGACGAUGAGUCUAUUGCAUCUUCUCGCCGCUCUGGUCGCUCGCGUACAUCUCGGCACACUCGUGCCCGUUCGGCUGGGCGUUCCAGGGCCGAUUACGAUACCACGUCUCCCAGGCCAUCCAAGGCUCCACCGCGAGCUUCCAGCCAGGCACCUAGUCGAGCUCCAAGCAAAGCUCCCAGUAAAACUCCGAGCAAAGCUCCGAGCAAAGCCCCCAGCAAGGCCCCAAGCCGAGCGCCUGCCAAGUCUGGCAGCCACAUCUCUGAGAAAGAGAAACGACCCAAGGAGAAGAAGAAAAAAGGCCCCAGCCGCUUACGACUCAUGUUUACCGCCUAA